CACAGAACAACCACAGGGCUGCUCUGCAGGAGGAGUUUCCAACAAUAUAGAUUCAUCUCAGUUAAUAUCUUCCAUUGAACAGAAUUUUCCUGAUUGACCCAUCAAGGAUAGGGACAAGGACAAGAUGGCAGAGAUGAUAAUAGAUCUCACCCUAGAGAUACUCUUCCAACUUACUGGAGAGGAUUACACGGUGGUGAAGAAGACCUCUAGUGAGCACUGUCAGGCCCCUGUAUCUGAAGGAUGGGGAAGAACCCUGAUCCCAAUCACGGGGCCUCGACCUCACUCCCUGAUACAUAAGGAAAUCAAUGAACAGAAGAUCCUAGAACUCAUCCACAAGAUGAUUGAGCUGCUGACUGGAGAGGUUCCUAUAAGGUGUCAGGAUGUCACUGUCUAUUUCUCCAUGGAGGAGUGGGAGUAUGUAGAAGGACACCAGGAUCUGUACAAGGAGGUCAUGAUGGAGAAGCACCAGCCCCUCACAUCACCAGGAAGAUCCAGUAAGAGAAGAACACCAGAGAGAUGUCCCAGUCCUCUUCUUCCACAGGAUCAUCAGCUUUUGAAUGCGGAACUGAGUAAUAUUAAUUCUACAUAUACAUAUGUGAGGGGUGAUGACCAGUGUAAGGAAGAAAUUUCUACAGAGACAUAUGUGAGGGGUGAUGACCAGUGUAAGGAAGACAUUCCUACAGAGACAUAUGUGAGGGGUGAUGACCAGUGUAAGGAAGAAAUUUCUACAGAGACAUAUGUGAGGGGUGAUGACCAGUGUAAGGAAGAAAUUUCUACAGAGACAUAUAUGUGGGGUGAUGACCAGUGUAAGCAAGACAUUCCUACAGAUAACCACCCAGAUGACUGUAUCGGGAGCUCAGAGGGACAUCUGAUCUUUUCAGCUUUUAAAGCAAAUGGUCAUGGUCUCGCACAAGACACAUAUGAAGAGCAUGCCACUAUCUUGGAUAUACCCUCAGCUCUUCACAGCCAAAAUUGCUUGUUUGAUCCAUUUAAACAUCUUCUAUCUUCUGGUUCAUCACAAACUGUAAAGCAAAAUCAAAGUCACAGAAGGGGUAUUAAAGAUCAAAGAAUGCACACAAGGAAGAAGACAAUUUCAUGCUUAGAAUGUGGGAAAUGUUUUGCUUGGAAAUCACAACUUGUUGAACAUCAAAGAACUCACACAGGGGAGACACCAUUUUCAUGCCAAGAAUGUGGGAAAUGCUUCAUAAGAAAAUCACAUCUUGUUGAACAUCAGAGAAUACACACAGGGCAGAGGCCAUUUUCAUGUUCAGAAUGUGGGAAAUGCUUCAUAAGAAAAGCACAUCUUGUUGAACAUCAGAGAAUUCACACAGGGGCAAAGCCAUUUUCAUGUUCAGAAUGUGGAAAAUGUUUUACUUGGAAAUCGCAUCUUGUUAAACAUCAACAAACUCACACAGGAGAUACACCUUUCUCAUGUCCAGAAUGUGGGAAAGGUUUUACUUGGAAAUCACAACUUGUUAAACAUCAACUAAUUCACACAGGGGAGAAGCCAAUUUCAUGUCCAGAAUGUGGGAAAUGUUUUACACACAAAACAACACUUGUUGGACAUCGAAGAACUCACACAGGAGAGAAGCCAUUUUCAUGUUCAGAAUGUGGGAAAUGUUUUACACACACAACAACACUUGUUGGACAUCAAAGAAUUCACACGGGAGAGAAGCCAUUUUCAUGCCAAGAAUGUGGGAAAUGCUUCAUAAGAAAAUCACAUCUUGUUGAACAUCAGAGAAUUCACACAGGGGUGAAGCCAUUUUCAUGUUCAGAAUGUGGAAAAUGUUUUACCUGGAAAUCACAUUUUGUUGAACAUCAACGAACUCACACAGGAGAGACACCAUUUUCAUGUCUAGAAUGUGGGAAAUCUUUUACUUGGAAAUCACAACUUGUUAAACAUCAACGAAUUCACACAGGGGAGACGCCGUUUUCAUGUGAAGAAUGUGGGAGAUGUUUUACACACAAAACAACCCUUGUUGUACAUCGAAGAAUUCACACAGGGGAGAAGCCAUUUUCAUGUUCAGAAUGUGGCAGAUGUUUUGCACAGAAAGCAACACUUGUUGUACAUCAAAGAACUCACACGGGAGAUAAGCCAUUUUCAUGUCCAGAAUGUGGGAAAUGUUUUACUUGGAAACAACAACUUGUUAAACAUCAACAAACUCACACAGAGGAAAAGCCAAUUUCAUGUUAAGAAUGUGGGAAAUGUUUCUUAAGGGUACUUUCACACUAGCGUUAAAGUUUUCCGGUAUUGAAUUCCGUCCUAGGGGCUCAAUACUGGAAAAAAACUGAUCCGGAUCCAAAAUUCCGGAACACUUGCCUGAAUGCCAUUAAUUUCCAUUGAAAUGUAUUAAUGCCGGAUCCGACAUCAAGUGUUCCAGUAAAAUGGAUCUGGCUUCCAGGUCUGCGCAUGCGCAGACCUUUAAAAAUGUCGAAAAUAAUAAAUACCGGAUCUGUUUUUCCAGAUGACACCGGAAAAAUGGGUCCGGUAUUGCAAUGCAUUUGUUAGACUGCAGUCUGCA